AAUAUAUACUCCAUGUUGUUUUGCUGCUUUACCGCCAACUGUGAAACCUUUGCACACCUUUAAGUUGAUGAAAAACACAUUGUUGUUUUUAUUUAUUUAAGAAGCUAUAAUUGUAAAGAAAAUACUUUUCCAGAACAUUUGAUAUCCAUAUUAUGCAGUAAUUAAAUCUUAUGAUCCUAGCUGAAUAUUUGGAUAUAAAGCACUAUAAAUGGGGUUAGAGACUAAUUUGUUUGGCCUAAAGAAAGGUAGUUCCUUCCUCUUUCCCCUCCCCUUUUUUCCACCUGCUUACAGAAAGUUGUAUAUCUUCAGACAAGGCUCAUAAUUACCUUUCUGUGCAGUAUUUGGGCCUCCAGGAAAGGCCUUACAGCAUCUGUAAAGCUGGCAGCAAAAUGGUAUUUCCAGGCAGACAGAGUGUUGCAGGGUAGAGAGCCAAUCCAUGGCUUUGUCUGAGCAGCUGAGAACUUCAUUUGAGUAAUACCAUGGUAUACAGUAACACAGACCUGUGCCAUGAUCAAGUAAAGCACUGAGCAAGUGUUGGGGCCAAUAUUUAUAGACCACUACGUAGCAGCCCCGGGGGGAGGGAACAAGAGAGAAAUCCCUGGUUGAACUGAAGGCAAUUUUAUUUCUGAUUUUUGCUUUUAAACAAAGUGGGGGUUUUUUUCAGUCAGAUUUAAUCUCCUCUUGGCUAGUCCUAACAGUCUUGCUCCAAGCUAUGACUAGGAGGAAGCAGAAUUAAAACAAGAAGCUUGAAGGCUUGCUGGCAGGCUUGUCUGAGGAUCUGACGGAGACGAAGCAAAAGACUAUUGGUGAAAUAAGAAAAGAAAAAGAAGCAGAAGAACACGGGCAAAUCAGAAUCACUACUGUCCUGCAGCAAUGGGUUGGCUGGAAGAAUCAAACUGGCAGCUUCACAUUUCUUUGAUCGUGCUACUCUCCGUGCACGCCAGGGCCAAUGGUCUAGAGCAUGCGUAUUUGCGGAAUUCUGGAAAGUUGAACAUGGAGAACAGAAAGGAAGAUGGUGAGAGUACAGCAUCUGCUCCUCCCCAGAAGCCACUGCAGUGUCACUGCAAUCACCACUGUCCAGAGGACUCAGUCGACAGCACCUGCAGGACUGAUGGCUACUGUUUCACCAUGGUAGAAGAAGAUGAAUCUGGAGGACGUACAAUUGCCUCAGGAUGUCUAGGUUUAGAAGGCUCCGACUUCCAGUGCCGGGAUACACCCAUAAUACAUCACAAAAGAACAAUUGCAUGCUGCACAGACAAAGAUUUCUGUAAUGAAAAUCUUCACCCUACGCUGCCACCGCUGAAAAACAGAGAUUUUGGUGAAGGAAACAUUCACCAUAAGGCCCUGCUGAUAUCAGUGACUGUUUGCAGUAUACUCCUGGUACUUGUCAUCAUAUUCUGUUACUUCAGGCAUAAAAGGCAAGAAACCAGACCUCGAUACAGCAUUGGACUUGAACAAGAUGAGACUUACAUUCCUCCAGGGGAAUCCCUGAAAGACUUGAUUGAACAGUCUCAGAGCUCAGGGAGUGGUUCUGGGCUCCCUCUGCUGGUACAAAGGACUAUAGCAAAGCAGAUUCAGAUGGUGAAACAGAUAGGUAAAGGUCGCUAUGGAGAAGUUUGGAUGGGAAAAUGGCGUGGAGAAAAGGUAGCUGUAAAAGUCUUCUUCACCACAGAGGAGGCCAGCUGGUUCAGAGAGACAGAAAUCUAUCAAACUGUCCUGAUGAGACACGAAAACAUUUUGGGGUUCAUUGCUGCAGACAUUAAAGGGACAGGGUCUUGGACCCAACUGUAUCUUAUCACAGACUACCAUGAGAAUGGCUCCCUAUAUGAUUAUCUCAAAUCUACUACCUUAGAUACCAAAGCCAUGCUAAAACUGGCCUAUUCCUCAGUUAGUGGCUUGUGCCACUUGCACACUGAGAUCUUCAGUACUCAAGGCAAACCAGCUAUUGCCCAUCGUGAUCUGAAAAGUAAGAACAUUCUAGUGAAAAAGAAUGGAACCUGCUGCAUAGCAGACCUGGGCUUGGCAGUUAAAUUUAUUAGUGAUACAAAUGAAGUAGACAUACCACCAAACACCCGGGUCGGAACAAAGCGCUAUAUGCCUCCUGAAGUGCUGGAUGAAAGCUUGAAUAGGAAUCACUUUCAGUCAUAUAUCAUGGCCGAUAUGUACAGUUUUGGACUCAUCCUUUGGGAGGUAGCCAGGAGAUGUGUCUCAGGAGGAAUAGUUGAAGAAUAUCAGCUUCCAUACCAUGAUCUUGUGCCCACUGACCCCUCCUAUGAGGACAUGCGGGAGAUUGUGUGCAUUAAGAAGCUCCGUCCCUCGUUCCCCAAUAGAUGGAGCAGUGACGAGUGCCUAAGACAAAUGGGGAAACUCAUGACAGAGUGUUGGGCUCACAACCCUGCUUCUCGGCUCACAGCCCUGAGAGUAAAGAAAACACUUGCCAAAAUGUCAGAGUCACAGGACAUUAAACUCUGAUUCAGCAAAAGACAUCCCUUGCCAGAGCCCAUAAAAACUGACUUUCCCUGGUCAUCAGAGGACACGAAGAGGAUUCUGAAGCCUCACUAAUAUAUAAUCUGAACACAGUCAUACUUCAGAGCAAAUACAGAUUUAACAUCUUUUGAGGAGAGGAUCCUUUGCAAAAACAGCAGACUUGGACCCACAAGAUUGGAAGAAGCUCAUUCGCUCCCUGUUGGCACGGGGAAAUAACAUUUCAGUAACUGGCUCAAGAUUAUGCAUGUUGCUUUCUGUGAAAGCCUGUUACUAUUUUAUUUUUUGACCGUUUAAAAGAAGAUACUGCUUUAAAUUUUAUGAAAAUGAAACUUAUGGUUAGAUGUAAAGACCUAUAUUGUUACAUUAAAAAGCAGAAGAAACUGUGCCUGAAGAUGAAAGUAAAGUGACUUUUUUCAUUUAUAAAAAGAUUUGCACUCCAACAAAACAAUACAGAACAAAAAUAUUCAGGAGAGGCUGUGAAGUUAAAAGAAACGAUAAAGGUAACUGUCUUAAUGCCACCGUCCUACAGAGACCACUUUUCAUAGUCCUGUGUGUUCUGUUCUCACAGGGUAGGCGUGUCUUGGUUAGAAAGAUUCCGUUGUUGAAAGACUACUUUCCUGACAUUCUGCCAGUAGCCUGUUGCAGGCAGAACUUACAGUAUUGAAGAUAAACAGAAGCCAUAUAUCAAUGGCAGUUCUAUAGGCCUUGUUCUUCAUACGCCCUUGGGGUUCUGGUUCUGUUAGGAGCUUGCUUGGAAUAGGUUCUAGCAUGAUAAGCAAAAGCACAUUUUUUCUAGCCUUUCUUACUGAAAAAUAAAGCAUUUUUAUAGAAAUGCAAAUGAAAAGACCAGGUUUCCUGAAGAACCAAUUUGAUUCAUCCUACCAGCCUUUCAUUUACCAGAGAAACCGCUGGUGAGUGAAACUGCUAUGAGGUGUAUAUACAAACAUUGCAUAGGAGAAAGGCAUUGGAUUAUAACGUGAAUAUUACCAGCACAGAUAAGUGUUGUAUUCUUUUGUUCAUAUGAAUAUGAGACACUCAUACACAAGACAAGUGUGAGUUCCCCUUCAGCAUUUAAAUGAAACAUUAGCUCUUUUUUGGCCGGAAAAAGUCCUGUUUUUUCUAGAGGAUUUUUUUUUAAUGAAGUGUCUCGUCUUAAUUUCCUGUUGAUAAGGCCUGAAAGGACAGAGCUGAUGGUAGUUAAAAUUUGAGUGCGUGGUUUGGGUUUAUAUUAUGCAGGAUUGGACCCUCUGCAUUUCUCUGUCAACCCAAACCUCGAGCUGCAGUUAGUGGAAUAAGUCUAUCUGGUCCAAGCAUUCUCCGGUUAUAGAGAGUAGUUUGUGGUCUUUAUAGAUAGAAAAUACUAAGUUUUACUGUUUAUGAUGAAGAAAAAUCCCAUGGUUGCUACAGAAACAUGAAACCAUUGGGACAAUGUAUUUGUUUUGGACUCUUCCUCCAAGUCACUUGGGAAUUGCUAUUCAAAUUACUUCUGAACAUUAUCAGGUCCUAUCACUUUUGUUUUAAAGCCCAGAAAUGCAUAAAUAUUAAUUUUUUAAACUGCAUCUGAGGAGUGACAGUUCUAACAUUAGGAACAUUUUCCACAAUAUGUUUGUAUUUGGGAGGAAGUUAACAAAAAUCUAAGACUAAAAUUAGUUCCCUAAAUCUGCGCUUAGAUGCUCAACCAAGAGGCCUGAGUUCCAGAAGUGCGGCACACCCAACAACUGUUGGAAACUUUUCAUUGGGAUUAGCUGAGGGCUUAGCACUUUUGGACCAGACCACCAAACUGUGGAUUUCGAGCCUAAGGUUAGGCUCGCAUUUUUUUUAAAACAUGGUGUGAAACUUUAGCUUUAUUACUUUAAACUUUGCAGUAACCUCUACGCACCUGGGUGGUUUUGCUCAGUCAUGGAAUCUUCCACUCCAGGACUGGUAAAUCACUGUGAGUUCAUAAAGGAAUUUUAAAGUACAGGUUGAAACUCUCUUAACCAGGAUUCUCUGGUCUGGCAACAUCCAUGGUCCAGCACAGAUGUUGCAGGACCAGAGAAUCCCAGUGGCGGCCAGUUGCAAGGAUUCCUGCGGGGCCAGCAAGGCAGUAAGCUGCCCACAGUGAGGUGAUGGCAGGGCUGUCCAGCACAUGGCAGCAGGUCUGCCCUGUGGGACCCAGACCCCAGUGUGGUUUGCAUGGCUGCCCUACAGAAUCCGGAG